AUGACAGCCGGGACAGUGGUCAUCACAGGCGGGAUUCUAGCUACAGUAAUCUUACUGUGCAUCAUUGCAGUACUGUGCUACUGUAGACUGCAGUACUAUUGUUGCAAAAAAGAGGAGUCCGAGUCGGAGGAGGAGGAGCCAGACUUUGCCGUCACAUCCCGCUUGCCGCCUGUGCACUCUAAUCACAACAUCCUGGCUCCUGCAGUGCCCACGGCGCCCACACCCAAUGGGCCUGCCCUUUUCACGCCACCACCGGCACGCAAACUGACCCGCUCACAGACGUUCUGCCCGUCCUGCACUCACUACGACAUGCCGUUCUACCUGCAGCAGCCGGACGGUCUGCGAAACGGUGGUGAACGUCUCAGCUACCGAGGCAUUCAGCAGCAAGCACUGGAGCUGCCCACGCCGCUGCCCACGCUGCUGCCCAACCACCACAAGCUCAACCUUAACCGGGCAGUCACCAUGAGGCAGAUGUUCACACGUAGCUGCAGCAUCAGCACUGAUGUCUAGCAUCCAGCCCUCUCCCCCUGCAGGCUUGGAGGACUAAGUGC